UCUUUUUCAGUGCAACGAGUGCUGGCAAAACGAGUGGUCGUGUAAAAGCGGAAAUAUAGUAAAAUAGAAUUUCAGAGAGAAUGUUUUCUUUUAACAUUUAAAAAAUAUUAAAUCUUAAAGAUCUGGAUAUAAAAAAAGAAAAAUUUAUUAGCGAAAUUACAAAAGCAGUAAUAAAAAAGUAAUUUAAUUAUUUAACAAAAGAAAACUCGUGUUUAAAAGAAAAAAAAAAAAAACAACAAAUACAAAUGUCUCCAUGACAAAUAAAAGAAUUCUUACUAAACUCAAAUUUUAAGUGUUGCCUACAUAUGUGAAACAUAUUUAAUGAAAAACGAAAAAAAUUCAAUUAAUUUUUACAACAAAAAAAAAACUUAACGAUUUAUUUAUAACAACGACAAUUGUUUUUAACUAAUUGUCUCUACAUUGUUGUUGAUUUUUGGUUUCGUGUGGUUGUCAAAACAAUAGAAGCAAACAUUUUUACGACGAGGAUUUAGGAAAAUAAUCAAUGAGAAUGGAGGUUCAAACUGUUAAUAAUCAUUUAAACAAUGCUCUGAUAUCACCGUUAUCUGCCACCUCAAAUUCUCAAACACUCAACAAUAAAACAUCAGCAAACACAAACACUUCAGCGUCAGCAACGUCGCCGCCGCCACCACAAUUAGCUCACUUACAGCAGGCCGCCUCCAUACAAUUAAACGAAAGUCUAACAGCCCAAUUAAGUCGCAGCAACAGUCCGGCCAGUUCAAAUUCCGAAAUAGAAAAAGAAUUACAAGAAUUGGAUUUGAAUAGUUCCAUGAAUAGUGGCAGUAUUAGUUUAGGUGCCGAAUUAAAUUGUAAAUCGAAUGGUUCAUUAAGUGGUGCCUCUUCAACAUCCACCCAAGGCCUUACAUCGUCAACAAAUGUCGCUAAAGAGAGCAAUAGUGGAGCGGCAUCUUUAACCAAUGGCAGCCAAUCGGCAAAUGGUUUAAAUAAUAGUGCCACUAUUGGCGGAGCUGCGGCGAAUAUAAAGAAAAGAAUUUCCUCAAGUCGAACACCGACACGAAAGGCGAGACGAAUAAAAUUUUAUCGCAAUGGUGAUCGUUUUUAUCCAGGCAUAACCAUUCCAGUUUCAAAUGAACGUUAUAGAUCAUUUGAAAGCUUAUUUGAAGAUCUUACUAGACUUUUAGAAGAAAAUGUUAAAAUUCCAGGUGCUGUACGCACCAUUUAUACCAUGUGUGGCAAGAAGAUAACAACUUUGGAAGAGCUGGAAGAUGGUCAGAGUUACGUGUGUUCCUGUAAUAAUGAAAAUUUCAAAAAAGUCGAAUAUAAUACGACCUCACAACCCCUCACUAAUCUAUCGAUAUCGAACAAGACCUCAAAUCGUCUAUCGAAAUACUAUCGUCCCUCAUCGCCUUUAAAGAAUGGUUCUACCAAUAAUCCCAAUGUUGGCAAUGGUGCAUCGUCAAAUGCUGUCAUAACUGGCAACACCAAUGGCAGUCCCGUAUUGGUGAAAUUAAGUGAACGUGAUAGUGUUGUUCAUCCACGCAUUGUAACACUCAUACGCAAUGGCACGAAACCUCGUAAACUUAUGCGCCUGCUGCUAAAUAAACGCAACAGUCCCAGUUUUGAUCAUGUCUUAACAGCCAUCACACAAAAGGUUAAACUGGAUACGGGUUAUGUACGCAAAGUUUUCACCUUGUCGGGAACACCAGUAACACAAUUGGCUGACUUUUUUGGUCCAGACGAUGUUUUCUUUGCCUAUGGCACUGAGCGCGUCAAUAAUCCAGAUGAUUUUCGCUUGGAAACCGAUGAACAGAAAUCUUUACAGAAUAUACGUAAAAAUUUACGUACAGCUGGUACUACUUGCAAGGGUCCUAAACCAAAAAUGCCUGUUAAGAGUAAGAAAACCUAUGACACUUCAGCUAUCGAUGAAGAGAAACUACUCAAUGACAGUGGCAUUGAUGCCAACGAACUACCAGCCGUUAUACGAGAACGUUAUGUUUUAGGACAGAUUAUAGGCGAUGGCAAUUUUGCCAUUGUACUCAAGUGCAAAGAUCGCCAGAAUGGUUUACCUUAUGCUUUGAAGAUCAUUGAUAAGAGUAAGUGCAAGGGCAAAGAACAUUAUAUCGAUGAUGAGGUGCGUGUUAUGAAGAAAUUGUCACAUCCACAUAUUAUUUCGUUAAUAAUGGAUGUUGAUCAACAGGCGAAUAUGUAUUUGGUGCUGGAAUAUGUUAGUGGUGGUGAUUUAUUUGAUGCUAUUACACGUGUUACACGUUUCUCCGAGGAUCAAUCGCGUGUUAUGAUUAAACAUUUAGCCUCAGCUAUGGCUUAUUUACAUUCCAUGAGUAUUGUACAUCGUGACAUUAAACCAGAAAAUUUAUUGGUUGAAUUAGAUGACAAGGGAAAUGUCAUUGAACUGAAAUUGGCCGACUUUGGUUUGGCUUGCGAGGUUAAUGAGCCACUAUUUGCUGUCUGCGGUACACCAACAUAUGUGGCUCCCGAAAUUUUGAUGGAAACUGGUUACGGUUUAAAGAUUGAUGUCUGGGCAGCCGGUAUUAUAUUAUACAUAUUACUUUGUGGUUUCCCACCCUUUGUUUCGCCCGACAAUCAGCAGGAACCUUUAUUCGAUGCCAUAAUCUCGGGUAUCUACGAAUUUCCCGAUCCCUAUUGGUCGGGCAUUGGUAAUGGUGUGCGUGAUCUCAUUGCCAAUAUGUUACAAUCCGAUCCAGAUGUACGUUUCACCAGCGAAGAUAUACUCGACCAUUAUUGGACUAUGGGCAAUGAUGACAUCAACGAAUACAGCAGCUGAAUGGUGGAACAAAUCGAACGCAUUUUUCAAUUUAUACAUUAGUGAUGUAUCUUGGCUACACACAUUAUUACACGUUUUGUAUUAUGGCUGGCUGGCUGGUUGGUUGGUUGGUUGAAAGCUGCUGUGCUUUUGCUGCUGUCAGUUUUAUGUCUUUGUUUUUUUUUUUCCUCCCCUUUUUUGAUUUUAUAAAGAACGGACCUGUGUAGUAUUCUUAUUUAGAAAUUGUUUGAAUAAUGAUUAUAUUUCGAUUGUUUUAUUUUAUAAUUUGUAAUUUAUUAAAAAUAUCUCAUAAAAAAAAAUCAACCAAAAAUUCAAAAAAAAAGAUAAUGCGACAACUUACAAAUACAUAUAUUUUAAUUUGUAAAAUUGUCAAGAGAAAAAAAAAACAAAUUACAAAACUUUAAACUUAUAGUUUCUUAUUAUUAAUAUUUCUAUAAUUAUCUUAUACAUAUAUAACAUAUAUUUAAGUAUUUAAUUUUUACUUUUUUUUAUAAAAAAAAUCAAAAAAAAAAAAAAAAAACUAUAAAAAAUAACUUUUAUUUUUUUAACUUUUACCUAAAGGUUUUAAUUAUUAUUUUAAAAUUAUUUAAUUUAAAACAGUUUUUUUUUUAUUUAUAAACUUUUCAAAACACAAUCUUUAUAACAAUAAUUUAUAAAAUUUCUUAAAACAAUUUGUGCAUUUAUUGUACGCAUUCCAAACGAAAUCGAAUCCUGAAAUAUGAAAAUGCCUUUAAAAGCCUUUUUUCACAACAGCUUUUCUUUAUUUAAACGAAAAGAGAGUAAUAAGUAUUAAGGAUUGUGUUAAAGAUUUAAAAAUACUAUCCCCUUAAAUAAAUAAUUGUAAUUAUAUAUUAUAGACUUUAGUAUUCCUUUUUAUAUAUUUUAUGAAAACGAAAAAAAACAAAAGAAA